GGUUUUCAGUGCUUAGGGCGUGUGGUUGCUUGCGAAUUGACAGGCCCUCACUCACUCAGUGAGACAGUCAGUCACACAUAGGCUGGCAACUAGGACACUUCCUCCAUCCUUGCGAUUGAAGAGCACAGCGACUUGAAUUCAAGAUAUCGUGUGCAUGUGUUUCUCUCCUGGUUUCUUGACUUUCAAGUGAAAACUUUCGGGAGCACCCACCCUCUAACCAACACCACCAUGGUUGCGGUGACGCGGUGCGAGACGGCAAAUUCCGCAACUCAUUUGCUGGCUUUCAAAUUUUUCGAAUGACGACUUGAUCCGUUAAUUCCCAUUCUGGCCUGGUCAGUUCAUUUGUCAGUCAUUCAGUCAGCCAGCCAGUCAGUCAAUCUCCCAGCUGAUGAAUUAGUUCGACGAGGUGUGAGAGUGAAAUUUGAUGACCCGAGUGAAACUUGUGAUGUGGAUCAUCUUCGUGCUUCUCCCUUCUCAAACCGUCGCCAACCAUGAUAGAAACGUAACAAAAACACUACCUCUACUUGAAUAAUCAAUCGACAACCCUCGAAGAUGAAACCAUCGCCCAGUUCGAGUGAAGGCGCCUUGACGUCGCUCAGGCUGGAUUUGCCCCUUCAUAAUCGGCCAGGAUCGAGCUCCGUGGAUGCAUUCCUGGCCCAUUUGGGCGACCCAGGUCGGUUUCAGAUCGUGGUGAUGAUCUUGCUGGCCUCCAAUUGCAUUCCAGUGGUUGUGAACCACCUGCUAAUGGCUUUUUAUGCCGUCUCGACGAGCCAUAAUUGCAGGGUUCCACCUGAUUUUGUGGGUGAUCGAUCUUUGGUCUUGCCCCCCCCAUCAUCAGAGGAUGAUAUCAGACAUGGACAAUUGUACUCGAAAUGCCAUAUGUAUACGUUGGCCAACUCGAGCUCUAAUGUCCUCCAACCUGACACUCAGCCCUGUCUUUACGGUUAUGAAUUUCAUUUCGACACUCCCAAGGAAUGGAACAUCAUUGCUGAGUGGGGCCUGGUGUGCGAUCGGGCGUUUGUGGCGCCUCUAGUGACCACCAUCUACUUCUGUGGCGUCAUGAUUGGGGGUCUAAUUUUUGGCUCGCUCUCGGACAGAUUUGGACGGAAGAACAUGAUGCUGGUGUGUCUGUACACUCAAUGCAUCAUUGGAAUUGGCCUUCACUUUGUCAGGAGACUCGUGAUGUUCAUGGGCCUGAGGUUCUUCCAAGGAAUUUUCAUUCAGGGAUUACAAUGCGUCACAUACUCAAUGGUCAUGGAGUUGUUCUCGCCCGAAUAUCGAACCAUGGCCGGAUGUGCGGUCGAGGCAUUCUGGGCGGUGGGGAUCGUGCUUUUGGCUGUCAUUGCCAAAUACGUCCAACAUUGGAGAUACAUUCAACUGGCUAUUAACAUACCCACUUUGGCCACCAUAUUCUACAUCUGGAUCAUACCCGAAUCAGUGAGAUGGCUCCUGUCUCGCGGGAAGUUGAAAAGAGCCGAAGAUGUCGUGAUUCGAAUUGCCUCUUACAACUCUUUACGCUUUGAUCGAACGUGGUUGCGUGAAGAGAUCGCGGAAGUGGAUAGGAGACUCCGGAUGCAAACCCCGGAUCGGGCUCCAGGAAUUCGGGACGUCCUCGGGAACAAAAAGAUUCGCAAGCACUCGUUGGUCUUAUUCUUCAUUUGGUUCUCAGUGUCUCUAUCCUACUACGGGAUCUCUUACUCCAUCCCGAAUUUGAGCGGGGAUCGAUAUCUGAAUUUCAUGAUCGGAGGAGGCAUCGAACUCGGAGCUUAUUUGCUGGCCUUCGUCGUUUUGAACGGGUUCGGUCGGAAGUAUCCAUUAAUGAUCUAUCUAUUUUUGAGCGGGGGGCUUUGUAUCGGCACGGUGGCCGUGAGGCAAUACGUUCCAGACUCGUUUAUCAAUGUACCCAAACUUGUCACGGCCUUGGCCUUGAUCGGCAAAGCGGCAGUGGUGAGCUGCUUCUGCAGCAUCUUCAUCUUCUCCAGUGAGAUUUUUCCAACCGUGAUUCGAACCGUGGGCGUGGGGUCUUGUGCGUUUUUUGGGCGGGUGGGGUCACUUCUGGCUCCUCAGAUCCUUUUGUUGGGUAAAUUUGUUUACGGGGAUUCGCCCCAGUUCAUAACGUUCCUGGUAUUUGGCGUCCUCUCCAUCAUGGCUGGCUUCCUCACGGUCUUCUUGCCAGAGACGCGAUUCAAAGGUCUUCCUGAUACCGUGAGACAGGCCAGUGUUUUGGGCGAGGACAACGCCAAUCAGUCACAGAGAACUAGGACCAAGAAGAAGCACUCGUUAUUGCGAAAUCCUCGAGGAUCCGAAGAGAGUCUACAAGAUGAGGCGGGUUAUGGGAAAAGCCCCGAGUGGGUGGAGGUGGAUGGAAUGAUCGUGAGUCGAGGGGUAUUGGACAAAUCCUUUGGUUCCCAAAGCCAACCCAGCACACUCCAAAAGCAACCUUUCAACUUUGGAGGCUACAGAGACGGAAGCAUCGCCUCUUUACCCUACAGUAGUCGAACUCUCUUGACAAACAGUUCGAGGUCGACCACUCUGGGCGGAAUGGGAUACGACGCGAACCAGCGUCGGCCUCUACCUCAACCUCUCGAGGCCGAAGAGGACGAUUUCGGGGAGGAGAACCCGUACGAGACAUUGCCUCACAUUGACUCAGAUGAGACUCAUUCCAGUACGGACGAGCCUCGCGUCCGGAGGUUCCCCGUACAAACCAGUGUACAAAUGCAAAGGCUGAAGGAAGAGCCGAUUUAUGUCGCACAUCCGGAUGACUCCGUGACCAGUGGGCAUUCAUUCACUCUCCCGAAGUUGAAUGACCAGGGAUUGGCCAACGAGGAGGAUUCAUUCCGAAAGUCACAACAUGGGACGCUCCUUCAUCGUAGUGCGAGUAUUAGUCAAGUAUCAGGCUUCUUGAAGGAUCGAAUCUUAUUGUCAGAUGACCUCGGUAAUGAGACGAGAUUGUAAAAGUGGGAGCAGCGCGAAGAAACUCAAUCAUCGCAGUGCACCCUAAUUGCCAUAGAAACCAAAGAAGAUAAAAGAGAACAAUAAAAAAAAAAACGAAAUCAGAAGAACAGGUAUCUCGUAGAAGAGACAGAUGUGUGUAUUUCUUUUUCUCUGAGUGAAUCAUUCCUUGUUGUAAAUAUCAGUAUCUCGGAAAUCGCAAUCGCAUAUCGAGGGGAAGAAGCAUCGAGGAUUGGUAGGAGAGCAGACAGGAAUAGUUGAUAACACUUGGGUUUUGACGGGAAGACCAAGAAAAACGAGGAUUUACUCCAAUUCGAGCCAGAUCGAGUGUCCAAGUGACGAACAAUUGUUGCGUUUCUUUCUGAUAACGAUAUCGAUGCCUCUCUAUGAUCAAAAGCAAGUAUUUCAGCUAGCGAAACAGAAGACGUGCCUCCCGAUCACGUUUCACGUCCUUGUCAGCGGGAAGAAGCUCUUUUUUCUCCCCGAAAUUUUGAUGUUAUUUAUGGCCG